ACUGGCGGAACGGCGAACCGCGCAGGUUUUUACGAAGAUUCGUCCGAGCCGUUGUGGGCUGCGCUCCCUCCGAGUAAAUAGUGAUCCAAGAGAUUUGAUAAGCGGCUUUAAUAAGUCGUUGGCCGAUCUAGUAUCGUGGCUAUUUAAUCGUUGAUUAGAGCUUGAAAUUGGGUUGGGAAGGAAGGAUAUCAUGACCGAGUGUAGCGAUAAACUCCCAUUGACCAUCGAGUUCGGAGGCGGGGUUGAAUUAUUAUUAUAUGAUAAGAUCAAGAAACACAAUAUUUCCUUACCUGGCGAUCGAAUAUGGACACUUGGCGAUCUUGUUCUGUGGUUGAAAAAUAAUAUGAUAAAGGAAAGAUGCGAAUUGUUCAUCCAAAAUGAUACCGUGAGGCCUGGAAUCCUCGUGCUGGUGAAUGAUGCUGAUUGGGAACUUCUGGGCCAGACCAAGUACGUGCUGCAGCCCCACGACUCGGUGCUGUUUAUCUCAACUCUGCACGGCGGCUAAUGCUUCACAAGUGCCAGGGAAAAAAGCCGUCGUUUUAACGGCUGCCAAAGCCACGGUGGACAUGAGAAUGUAUAAAGUGUCGUUGUCACGUAUCUCAAAAGCAGGAUGAUUCGACGCCAUAAUAAACGUAUGUAUGCCGAUGGGUGCGCGCAUAAAUGCACACACACGCGGACGGACUGAUGCACUUACCUUAACCCCCGUUACGGAGGUUUCGCUCAAUACGAUAUUCUAAUCUUAUUUUUACCCUUCAUAUACUUAAAUACACUGGAUAAAUCUGUAAUUUUAUAAUGAAAUCUGAUAUUCGUGCUUUAUCAUAUUACUAUGUUUAUUCCGUAAUGUUUUUGCACCUUAGGUAUUUAGGUCACUUUUUAUAAUGGACAGCUGCAGAUGAUCGUUGCGAUUUUCUCUUUACUAAUAAGCUUAUGUUAUUUAAAUUAAUUAUAAUGUAAAUUAAGAGCGUAUAGUGUGA